AGCCAUGGCUGACAAGCACUGACAAGCAGGCUUCCUUAGAUGGUGCCACGUGCAACCCCAAAAUCGUUUGAGUUACGUGCACAUACACUUGAAUUUUUUGUACAUAUAAAUUAAUAUUUAUACUAUCACCGAAUGCGAAUAAAGUAGUGAGAAAUUAAGUACGUAAUGUGAAAUAGAAAUAAACAGAAGAUGGUAGGCAUGUUAAAUGAUUCCGAUAGUGAAGAUGAACUGCCUCCAGGUUGGGAGGAAAUGACAACUACUAAUGGAAACGUUUAUUACGUAAAUCAUUACACGAAAGGCACGCAAUGGACACAUCCUAGGACAGGUCGCACAAAAAUUGUUGAAGGAGAAUUACCGUCUGGAUGGGAAAGAUGUGUAUCCGAAGAUGGACAAAUUUUGUUUGUUGAUCACAUGAAUCGUACGACUACUUACACCGAUCCAAGACUCGCAUUUGCUACGGAAUAUAGGGAGUCGUCCCAGCCAGUGAGGCAACGUUUCGACGGUAGUAGCACAGCAUUAUCAGUUUUACACGGUCGAGAUUUAAGGGGUAAAAUUGCCAUAGUCACAGGUGCCAAUACAGGAAUAGGAUUCGAAACUGCUAGGUCAUUAGCUCUACAUGGAUGCAAAGUGAUCUUGGCUUGUAGAGAUACAAAGAAAGGUGAGGAAGCCGUACAGAGAAUUAAACAAGAAAGAGAAACUGCAGCGUGUGAAGUAUUACAGUUAGAUCUGUCGUCGUUGCACAGCGUUAAAGAAGCAGCCGAAAAAUUUAAACAAAAAUACAGAACUCUGCACAUUCUGAUACUAAACGCUGGAGUAUUCGCGAUUCCUUAUCAACUGACACAAGACGGCUAUGAAACGACAUUCCAAGUCAACCAUCUCUCUCACUUUUACUUUACUCUUUUAUUGGAACAUCCAAUACGAUCCUGUCACAAUUCUAGAGUGGUGGUAGUUUCAAGCGAAUCACACAGGUUUUCGUCUCUGCAAACAGUGGAAGACUUUCAUCAGUUAAUUCUGUCCCCUCCUACGUACAAGUACUGGUUCAUGGGAGCAUAUAAUAAUUCAAAGCUAUGCAACGUUCUAUUCACACAAGAAUUAUCAAGACGUUGGCCUUCUGUAAAUGUAUUUAGUUGCCACCCUGGUAACAUGGUUUCCUCAUCGUUGUCUCGUUACUCGUGGACACUACGAUUGUUGUUUAUGAUAGUACGGCCAUUCACAAAAUCGCUGCAACAAGCCGCUAGUACAUCAGUGUUUUGCGCAACUGCUCCAGAAUUGGAAGGUCUGACUGGAUUAUAUUUCAAUAAUUGUUAUCGUUGCGAUGCAUCGAACACGGCAUUGGACCCAGCGCUUGCCGCGAGAUUAUGGUCAGUUAGUCAAGAAAUGAUCAUUAACGUUAUGAAGAAAGACAAACUUUGGGAAACAUUAGCAUUAAAAUAAGUUCACGACAUUGUCGUAAGGCAUAAUUAGAAAAUAUGUGAAAUACCAAAGCCUUAACAGUUUAUAAUGAGUCAGACUUGUGUUUAUCAAUGAUUUUAUAAUUUUCCUUUCACAGCUCUUACAGUAUACAUGACAGACUUUUUCUAAAUAUAUUCGUAAUAAUACAUGUAAAUAUGUAAUUAAGAACAUUGUAAAAAGCUUGUCAAUUUUAUUAAAUUGUUAUUUUUGUCAAAGCAAUUUUCCUAUCUGUAUAGAACAAAUUUAGAAGGACUAACCACUAUGUAAUUAAUAUGCAUUUAAUAAAUCGUAUUAUUCUUUUGUA